AUGGCGUUUAUUUAGGGUUUAUCGCGUCAUCACGUGGAGGAGAGAAGACGCGUUCCCGCCGCGCUGCCAUGAUGCUCGUUCCAGAGUGAUGCGAUCGCGGCAAUCUCCAAGAGGCCGGCGCCAUGAAUCGAGGCGCGAUUGGCAGCGUCGUCCUCGCCAUCGCCUUGCUCGCCCUCGUCGCGAAUGUAUCGCACGCCGUGGAGGAGGAUCGGUCGUCGGUGAGUGUCAGGGCUAGGGUAGCGCCGGAUGAGAAGGAUCAGGGAUGGAGCGGCUCGAGAACAGCGGCAUCGAGGGUUUCUGUGGCGACUGUGGCGAUUCUCACGCUUGGAAUGGCUGCCGCUACUGGUCUCGGUGCCGUGCCGUUCUUCUUCGUGGAGUUGCAAGCAAAAUGGGCCGGACUGUGCAACGGGAUCGCGUCUGGAGUGAUGCUUGCCGCGAGCUUCGAUUUAAUCCAGGAAGGCCAGAGGUUUGGAGGAGGAAAUUGGGUGGUGGCGGGCAUUCUUUCGGGUGGACUCUUCAUUCUCUACAGCCAAAAGGUUUUGGAGAGGUUUGGGGACGUGAAGCUCAUGGAUGUCAAGGGUGCUGAUGCAAGGAAAAUGCUCCUUGUGAUUGGUAUCAUGACGCUUCACUCGUUUGGAGAAGGAUCUGGAGUGGGAGUUUCCUUUGCCGGACCCAAGGGACUCUCGCAAGGAAUCACUGUGACGCUGGCGAUUGCUGUGCACAACAUUCCCGAGGGAUUGGCAGUGAGUAUGGUCCUUGCGUCGCGAGGGGUCUCGGCUCGCAAUGCGAUGCUUUGGAGUACCUUUACUUCUUUGCCACAGCCAUUGGUAGCAGUACCAGCUUUUAUCUGUGCGGAGGCGUUCCAAAAAUUUCUACCUCUCUGCAUGGGCUUCGCUGCGGGAUGCAUGAUCUGGAUGGUCCUGGCCGAAGUUCUUCCCGACAGUUUUAAGGAUGCCGAUGCUUCCGAAGUUGCCUCCGCGGCAACCGUCUCGAUAGCUUUCAUGGAGAUUCUAAGCACAGUCAUGGAAAGCGGAGCCAGAUGGAACAACACUGGCUCUGCUCUUCUCUGGUCACUGCUCUUCGGACUGGGGCCUUUCAUCGGCGGCCUCGCUCUAGUUUCGCUCGUCGGCUCGAUCAGAUUACCUUACUCAUUCUUUGGCUCAGUGGGAUCCGGGAUAGCACUCGUCCUGGCUCUCUGGAGGCCGUCACAGCUCUGGCUCUCGGGAAAGAUGGACAGACUAGUUCUCUCGGGGCUCUUCUUCCUGGGAACUUGUCUAUGGAGGCUGGCUCACCUGUGGGAAAGCAGAAGACCCCGGAAGGCCGAAGUGGAAGUUUUCAUCACCAAGCCAAAGCAAGCCAGCAGCCUGGCUUCCGGGGCGAUUCUAGCAGCAGGGACAAUGGGCUUCCACGCUUUUGCGGAAGGCUUAGCUCUGGGUGUGGCGGCCAACAAAGCUUACGGCCUUGGAACUCAUAUGCUCUUGCCGGUUUGUCUCCACGGACUGCCGCGAGGGGCCGCUGUAGCGAGCACCAUCUAUGGAGCUACUGGAAGCUGGCAGCAGGCAUUGGUUCUAGCAACAGUGACGGGAUUUGCGAGUCCGGUGGGUGCGAUUGUGGCGAUUCUGGGAGGAUUGAGCUACAGCGGACUAGAUUUUUGGAUGGUGGUGGCGUGUGGAAGCUUGGUUCCAGCGUUUGGUCGCCAGAUUUUGGUGAGAGCUGCUGGAAGGAGGGGCGCGAGCAGCGUGGUGAUGGGACUGGUGACUGGCUUUGGAUUUGCGAGCGCGCUUCUUACCAGCACUCGAAUGGUUUGUUUGUAUACGCCUUACUGUAGCUCCGCUCCAGAAGCUGUGACUUAACAGCAAUUUAAAGGAGCCUUUAAAACUUACCUAGGGUUCUUGGGUCUUAGGAAGAAGUGUGAGAUGCCGCGGGCGAGGCGAUCGGAGGCGCUCGUCCUUGCGCUGCUUCUGUCUUGCAUUCCAUUAUGUAGCUCAAGUCGAUCCGGCAGGAGCUGGAGGACGUGCUUGGAUUCUGCGAGAGAUUUCCUUCCCUUUCGGGGAAAAUAUUUCUCGCGAAAUGGCGAGGAUUUCGGCGUUUCUUAGGAUCCAGCAGGAGGAAGAGGCGAAGAUUGUGGCGAUUCCCGUCCUUGUUGCGGCGUUGAAGGCGUGUGGCAGCUCCGGCGACGUGGAUUUCGCGAAGAAAAUCCAUGGCGAUGCAGAGGAGAGCGGGCACGAUUUCUACGUUGCAAACACGCUGGUGAGCUUGUAUGGAUAGUGUGUGGCAACUUGGUGGAAGCUGAGAGAGUUUUUUGCGGGGAUGGUGGUUUCUUGGGCGGCACUGAUGCUGGAAAACGGGGAAGAGGCACUGGCUUUACAGGCACCACUGUCAUGGAUGAGAGCAGAGAAGUGUGGCUCCAAAUGACAGGACCUUUGUUGCUGCUCUCAAGGCAUAGCAGGCAAGGAAGAAGGCAGCAAAGAGUUGGAAGAUGGUUCGUGAAAACACGGACGCUGGAGAAAGGCAUGGAUCUCCAUUCUCAAGCUUCAAGCUAGAUAUAUUCGUGGCCAGCUCGGUGAUCGACAUGUACGCUAUCGUUCGGUAUGGGUGCCCGGACAAGUUUAAGCAGCAUGACCUGGUUUCGUUGGUGCUGGGGUACUUGGAAAACGGCCAGCCAGAGCUUGGUUACACAGAUUGUGGAAGUUUAUUGGACGCUCAGGGGCUCUUCAACCACUUGCCAGUCCAUAAUCUGGCACUCUGGAACACGCUGAUACUCGGGUAUGCUGAGAACGUAGUGGACGAGAAGAUCGCCAUCCCUCUCUCGACCAGCUCAGCAUGGCUGCAAGCCGAGAGAGAACCGACGCGAAAGUGAUCCCGUCGUCACGCAUUUGAUCGAAGAGCUCCAUCGCGAGCUUGUAGUUCCCCUGGCAGCUGUAUCCCCCAAUCAAAGCAUUCGAGACUUCCAGCCGGAGUCGAAAGCAUGCCGAGCUUCCACCAUGCCUCCACACUUCCCAUACGUGUCCACCAGCGCGGUUCGUAAAACGCAACCGUGGAUCCAUCUCACGGCCUCCAAAGCCAACAGAUUCCCACAAGCCUCGAGUGCGGCCUUGAAGCUCUAGGAAUCCAGCGAGAGAUCUUCUUCACGUUGUUGUAUCCUCGAGAAGAGCUCCAAGGCCACAGAUGGUUCCCACUUGUGCGUGAGUGAUAUGCUCGGCCGACUUUCUUGGAGUAGAGGUUCUUCACGUACUCUCCAAACACGCACGGGACCACGGGUUGUAGGCUGCCGGAUGCUCCGGGUCUAAAAGUUUGGGAAUCGGAGAAACUCUAACGUCGGAAGAUGGAUCAUAGAAGAGCCCGACCGACGCCCGAGAUUUACCCGCGUUCAAGAUGGUUCUCUUCAGCUUUGCAUUGCGGAGUCUCAAAACUGUUGUUAAACUUGCCUGAAGCUGGUCGAUAACAAGAGCACCGGGAAUCGACCCGUGUCUUGGAACUUAACUUGGAGCCCCACGACAUCAUUUUCCUGCAAGAGAAUGGGGAGACUGACUGCUCAGUCCGAUUGCGAGCUCGGGGCUCGGGCAAGGAGGAUAAUAGUUGAGUUCCAGCGCUGCUUGGUGCUUACCAAAUUCCCUCUCGAGAUAGUCGGAGUCUAAGCCCAGACCCUCAGACAAUGCUCGCAGGAGAUGCCAUGGCUUGAUUCACAGCAACCAACCUGGAUGAUCCAUAGAAAAAACUCUUUAGAGGAAGAAAAUAAUGCUGCACUUCGCGAGGACAAGAGCUUUGCCAAGCGCUUGGAGGACAAUGGAGGAUAAAAUAAAAGGCUGGGGAACUAACUGUCUAGUGUGACCCCAAAGCUGUGAAUUACAUUCAUAACUGUUCCUGUUAAUUCCUUGA